AGACCUCUCUAGUCUUCUUGCCACCACGUGUACGGAACGCGCAACAUCCACACAUCUCCAACCACCCCAAUCACAGUAUCACUGGUAUCACUGGUAUCACUCGUCAGUUGCUAGUCAAUCUUUGAAGAGUGAACAUCAAAAUAACUAUUUCUAACACAGAAUUGUUAUAUGUAUAUUUGUUUAUAAUAAACAUAUAAAUAUAUAUUUUAAUUAACUAAAUAAAAUAAUUAAAUAUUUUUUUUAAUUCAAUUGAAAUAAUCAAUUAUAUAUAUAUAUAUUUUAAACCUGAGAAACAACAUGACACACUCAAAAAUUCAAGUUGAAGAUGAGGAGAGUCGUUUAGCCAUAAGAUUUUUACGUAAGAGAACUAAAAAAUUUAACUGGGGUCAUCAUAAAUCAUCACCAAAGGAUGACGAAAUAGAGAAGCAAGAUGAAAAAUUAAAAGGACUGGAAAUUGAACAUUUGACUGAAGCGGUCAACUCCAAACUAGAAAUCACCACGUCACAUCCAGAGGUUCAAGUUGAGGAUGAAGAGAGUCGUCUUGCAAUAAGAUUUUUAUGCAAACGGACAAAGAAAUUUAACUGGGGCCAUCAUGAUGACAACGUGGAGCAAAAUGAAUUACCGAAAAUAUCAAAAACCCAAAAAUUGAAUAAUAAUAUAUUAUUGAAAAUCAAAGAAACCAAACAAUCUAGUCAUGAAAAAAAAAAUGUACUUACAAAUAUGCCAGAUAUUACUAUUCCGUGUGAAUAUUGUCAUCGAAAUUUUUUCAAUUCAAAAGUUUAUUCUAUACAUCUUGAAAAAAAACAUAGCAUUGUCACUAAAGAAAUUAUAACUAUUUAA